UAGAAAUUGUAACAUUUUAUGGCACAGGUUAUAAGUAACGUUAAGUGAUUGUUUGCACGAUUUUCUAAAACCAAAGAAAUGCCAUCCUACAAAUUGUCCUAUUUUAACGGCCGUGGCCGUGCUGAGCUGAUCAGGAUCAUGUUCGCAGAGGCUGGGGUUAAAUUUGUUGAUGAUCGGAUCACAGAUAACUGGCCAAAGAGGAAAGCAGAGUUUCCUUUCGGCCAGCUGCCAGUUCUUGAAAUUGAUGGUACACAACUGUCACAAACCGCUGCCAUUGUCGGCUACUUGGCAAAGAAAUUUAACUUUUUAUCUGAGGACGAUCUUACCAAUGGAAAAGUGCAAGAAAUCAUUGGCAUUUUCGGAGAUUGUUUUGCUAAAUUGCCGUUCUUUGAAAAGGACGAAAAGAAAAAGGCCGCGGCUGUUGCAGAACAAGUGAACACAAAAAUUAUUCCAGCUUUUACGAAAAUUCAGGAGAAAUUUGUUCCUGAUUGCUCUUCAACUUUGUUGGGGGAGUUCACUGUCGCUGAUAUGGCGCUUCUCACUGUCGUAGAUUCGAUCAAUGAUUUUGACAAAACAGUUUUUGAAAAUUUCCCCAAGUUAAAGAAAGUGUACAACGACACUUGUGCUCGCCCUAAAAUUGCGGCCUACCUGAAAACAAGACCCGAAACACCAUUUUAAGUAUAAUCUCAUGUUACUGUUAGGCGAACCACUUAAACAAUGUUUUACAAAAUAUACUGCAAAAUAUUAAAUCUCACUGUAAAGUCAGGAGCGUUUAAACUAAAGAGAAAACGAAAUAAGAUGGUAACAAUGUUUAUAUACACGGACUCUGGUUACUGUACAUCCGCAUACUAUUGCAAUACACCAAUACUUUUUUCUGUAAAUUAUUGUUUUUGAAAAAAAUACAAAAUUGGUUCAAUAAACGGUGCAUUUAAGUAAAAUCUUUGGUUUAAUUUUCAAAUCUUGUUUGUUUUCAAAUACUGCUUGUCCAAUCACAUCAUCGUGUAUGAUUUGCCACCAACGCCCUGAUUCAGCGUGGUUUAUGUUUAAACAAUCUAUUUACCAUC